AUGCGUGGGGGAGGCCCCACUACGUCUUUGUUGCUUCCACAGCAGUUUGUGGAGCCACUGCCGAACGCGCCAGUUGAGAUUAGUGCGUUGCAUUAUGGCCUCCUCUCACGCAGCGACAUUCACCGCCUCUCCGUCCUUCCGUGUCGACGCGUCAUUGGGGCUGUGAAGGAGUACGGCGUGAAUGACCUCCGCCUUGGCGUGUGUGACCGCGCCUCCGUCUGUGCAACGUGCGGGCUGCGAAGCAUUGACUGCGUCGGUCACCCCGGCCACAUCGACCUCGAGGCCCCUGUCUUCCACCUCGGCUUCUUCACUACAAUUUUGCGAAUCUGUCGCACGAUAUGCAAACGCUGUUCCCAUCUGCUUCUGGAUGACGCGGAAAUUGCGUACUACAAGCGGCGGCUGGCGUCCACCAAAAUAGAACCACUGCAGCGGGCAGCGCUGAUUAAGACAAUACAGACAGACGCCUAUAAAACACGUGUCUGCCUCAAGUGUGGGGGAUUGAAUGGGGUUGUGCGACGGGUGCGUCCCUUACGUCUUGUGCACGAAAAGUAUCGCGUUGAACUGCGCCGCGGGGAAGAGUCUGUUGAGGACGGUGAAACUUUUUUUGACUGUGAUUUACGCACCGCAUGCGCAUACAACAAGGUGGUGGAGGAGAGCAAAGAGAACGUUCAUGAGUUUCUUGAUCCGGCGCGGGUGCGUCAACUAUUCCUUGCUGUGCCACCGGACGAGGUCUUACUUCUUGGUUUGCUACCUGGCACAAAUCCGGUGGACCUGCUCGUGUCAACGUUGCUCGUUCCUCCUGUUUCGGUGCGGCCGCGUGGCGCUUCUGGAACCGCAGCUAUCCGUGACGAUGAUCUUACAGGGCAAUAUAACGAUAUUCUUAUCAGCUCCGACACACUUCAAGAUGGCUCAAUUGAUACCAGCAAAUAUACAGAGACGUGGGAGAUGCUUCAAAUGCGUGCAGCUCGACUCUUGGACUCUGCCCUCCCAGGGUUUCCACCGCACAUGCGUACCGCCGACGUCAAGUCUUACGCGCAGCGUCUGAAGGGGAAACAUGGAAGGUUUCGAGGAAAUCUUAGUGGAAAGCGUGUAGACUUUUCCGGCCGCUCAGUGAUCUCUCCUGACCCAAAUCUUGAUGUGGAUGAAUUAGCCGUUCCUCUACGCGUUGCACGGGUACUGACAUAUCCGCAGCGUGUUUUUAAGUCUAACCUAGAACUCAUGCGACGACUUGUGCGCAACGGCCCAAAUGUGCAUCCAGGAGCCACCACAGUGUAUCUUGCUCAGGAAGGGUCUAAAAAAGCGCUUAACAAUCAACGCGACCGUGAGUCGCUUUCGGCAAAAUUGGCGGUUGGUGAUAUUGUGGAGAGACACUUAAUGAAUGGUGAUGUUGUGUUGUUUAAUCGACAGCCUUCUCUGCAUCGUAUCUCCAUGAUGGCCCAUCGGGCACGUGUGUUGCCGUUUCGCACGUUUCGAUUCAACGAAUGCUGCUGUGCCCCAUAUAACGCGGAUUUUGAUGGAGAUGAGAUGAAUGUACAUCUCGUGCAGACGGAGGAAGCACGCGCAGAGGCAUUUGAACUGAUGUCAGCGGCUAAGAAUAUUAUUAAUGCAAAGAAUGGUGAACCCAUUAUUGCCUGUACGCAAGAUUUUCUCGUCGCAGCUUAUCUUGUGACGUCCCGCGACGUCUUCUUUGAUCGCUCGCAAAUGUCAUGGAUGGUGUCCCAUUGGCUUGGGCCGGUUACCCAAUUUUGGCUACCAAUACCGACGAUUCUGAAACCGACAGAGCUCUGGACUGGGAAGCAGGUCUUUGAACUCAUCGUGCGUCCCUCGCCGGAGGUAAAUGUUCUGCUUAAUCUUGAGGCUGCGACGAAGUUCUACACGAAAGAGGGCAAGCACAACUGUGCCGCUGAAGGUUAUGUAGCAUUUCUUGACUCCUGCUUCAUAUCUGGUCGGCUGGACAAGAAGCUUCUUGGGGGUGGGUCAAAGGAUGGACUCUUUGCACGCCUGCACACACUUGCGGGGGGCGGAUACACGGCCCGAAUCAUGUCUCGCAUCGCACAAUUCACCUCGCGCUACCUGACAAAUUACGGUUUCAGUCUCGGUCUCGGCGAUGUUGCGCCGACACCACUGCUGAACGAGCAUAAGGCAGCUGUGCUUGCUCGAUCCUUUGCCACCUGUGACAGCCUAAUUGACGCCGCCAAAACAGGACGCAUGGAACCGCUACCAGGUCUCACUAUACGGGAGUCGCUUGAGGCGCGCCUCAAUGCGGAGCUGUCAAAGGUGCGUGAUGAAUGCGGUACCGCGGCUGUAGAAACGCUUUCAAUCGAUACAAACACCCCGCUCAUGAUGGUGCAGUCUGGGAGUAAAGGUAGUGCACUGAACAUUGCUCAGAUGAUGGCGUGUGUGGGGCAGCAGACGGUGAGUGGGAAACGUAUUUUGAACGCCUUUCAAGAUCGUUCACUUCCCCAUUUUUACCGCUUUGAAGAGGCGCCAAAUGCACGUGGUUUUGUCGCCAACUCCUUCUACUCCGGGUUAACGCCAACGGAAUUUUUUUUCCACACGAUGGCUGGCCGCGAGGGUCUCGUUGACACCGCGGUGAAAACAGCCGAGACUGGCUACAUUUACCGUCGUCUUAUGAAGGCCAUGGAGAACUUAAGCGUGCGGUAUGACGGUACAGCUCGCAACACGAGGGGGGACGUGGUGCAGUUUAGGUUUGGCGAGGACGGUCUUGACCCACAGCUUAUGGAGGGCGUUACUGGCACACCUCUCAACCUGGAGCAGGAGUGGCUCAGCGCACGCGCCGCAUACGCGCGCUGGAUUGUGGAGCGGCGCAGCAUUACCAACGACUCGAGUAACAGUAACAAUAAUGAUACCACUAGUAAUGAUGGGCGGAGACGUGACGGGACGCGGCGUGAGCACGGCGAGCGCAAAGGCGCUCAUUUUGAUGAUGACGGUGAAUUUGUUUCACUGCUGCCAACGGAGGUGCCGGCAUUCGUCGCGGCGUGCUUGUCCGGGGACUCGGAGGUGCUUGCGGUGUGUGAGCGGCUGGAGCGGCUGGAGGAGAGAGACGUUAAGGUGAAGGGUGUUGACGAAAAGAGAAGGGAAGAACGUAUGCCGCAACGCCAGCGCACACGCCGUGCCGCGCUAAUCUCUCGUCUGGCGCGUGUGAGUAGCUCAAAGUUUAAGGAGGACGUGGCGAAUUUUUUCCAAAAGAUGGUGAGGGAGCAGCAGCGGAUCCGUACGCUGCUGGAGCUUUCAUCCACGUCUCGUGAACGCGUAGGCAUAAAAACGGCACACAACGGCUUACAGACAGAAUCUGGGGACGAUGAUGUUGAGCUCCGAGUUCUUGAAACACUUCAAACGGAGCUGCUUCCGCUUACACAGAGGAUGCUAACCCGUUUCUUGGCACAGUGCGCAAGUAAGUACAUUCUCAAGGCCUGCGAGCCCGGGACGCCUUGUGGGGCGAUCGCGGCACAGUCCGUUGGUGAACCGAGUACACAAAUGACACUGCGGACCUUCCACUUUGCGGGUGUUGCUAGCAUGAGCAUCACACAAGGUGUACCACGCCUUGUUGAGAUUAUUAACGCGAAUCGCAACAUUGCAACUCCAGUUAUCACGGCACCUGUGCGGCGACAGCGACAGCAAACGUCACUCUUGGUUAAAACGGAGACGCAUGCAGGGGGAGAGGACUCACCGGAGGCUUUUGAAAAACGUGUUCGAAGUGUAAAGACACAGGUGGAACGCGUGCUGUUAAAGGAGGUGGUGUCAGAAAUUGUGGAGGUAUGCACGUCUACGGAAUUUUAUCUUCGUGUGCACCUCAACAUGUCGGUUAUUGCCAAGUUGCAGCUGCCAAUUAAUGCCGUUACGGUGCGCCAACGUAUUUUCGCGGCAGCAGCACGGCCAAUGUCACCCUUGCGUCUAUUGCGUGACGAUUGCGUGGAAGUCAUAAGCCUUGAUACUUUGGCGGUAUAUCCGUACUUUUUGGAGGCGCACCGUGUCCACUUUAACCUGCGUCAACUGCUUUCGCUACUCCCAGACAUUGUUGUGGGUGGCAUUGCUGGCAUUAACCGUGCGAUGAUUUCAUCUAACGGGGCGGAGGUGCUCGCAGAGGGUGCAGAGCUUCGGGCGGUAAUGAACCUCCCCGACGUGGAGUCGACGCGCGUUGUCUGUAACCACGUCGCAGUAGUAGAACGUGUUCUUGGCAUUGAGGCGGCACGGCAGGUGAUUGUGAAUGAAAUUCAAGGGAUUCUCAAGGCCUAUAGUCUCAGUAUUGACAUACGGCAUGUGUAUCUUCUCGCGGACCUCAUGACGCAGCGUGGCGUUGUGCUCGGCAUCACGCGGUACGGCAUCCAGAAGAUGAACUUUAAUGUGCUGACGAUGGCCUCUUUUGAACGCACCACCGACCACCUUUACAACGCCGCGGUGACGCAGCGCGUGGAUGAAAAUCUGAGCGUCUCGGAGAGCGUCAUCGUCGGCAAACCGGUGCCUCUCGGAACAGCCUCCUUCGGGCUGCUUCUCGACUGCGGCAAUAAUGUCGUUGGAUCCUCACAGUUCACCGGGGGACGCACAAAGCGUGUGGCGGGUAAGGCAGUUCACCACGUACGCCGCCCAUGUUUGCUCCCAAUUGCUGCGGAGAAUACGUUUCGCCUGGAUCUUUUUUAA